AUGUCUCCACCACAAUCUCCAAAUUCAUCUAGAGAUCAAGUUCGUCCUUUGGCACCUUCAUCCCAUCGUAUACACACCGAAAAUGAAGAAGGUGUUAAUUACACGUCUACAUCCAGUAUAGAGUUAUCAAAGAAGCAACGUCGUAGGAAGAGGUGUAUAAAAUGUUGUGGUUGUUGUGGUAUCACGACGAUAAUCAUAGGUAUCGUUAUCUUGAUCCUCGCGCUCACGGUUUUCAAGGUGAAAGAUCCAACGAUAAGGAUGAACUCGAUCCGAUUCGAGGGGUUGAGUUCCCUUACUAGUAGUUCCAAUCUUCAAACCAAUAUGAAUAUUACAGUUUCUGCUGAUAUUUCUAUUAAAAAUCCUAAUGCGGUCUCGUUUAAGUUUAAGCCUGCGACUGCUAGUUUGAUUUAUAGCGAUAGAAUCAUCGCGGAAGCCAUGCUUCCACGAGGGUCCGCUAGGGCUCGACGGACGUUUAGUAUGAACGUGAAAGUCAUGGUUAUGGUUGAAAAAUUAAUCGUGAUUCCUCGAUUAACGAUUGAUUUGAUAGCGGGGGAAUUGCCGGUAAGUAUGUCCACUAAUAUUAAUGGAAAGGUUAAUUUAGGUGUGAUUAAGAAGAGUGUUGAUAUAAGGAUGAAUUGUAAUAUGGUGGUAGAUUUACAAAGGCAAGAUGUUAAGGAUAUUGAUUGUGAGAGGAAAGUUUCUCUUUAG